AUGAAUAACACUUUUGGUGGAGUUCCUGGCCAAAAUAAUGGCAUGUCUCCUCAAGAACAACAAAUGGUUAAAAUGAUGCAGGGUGCUUUUGAAUCCUGUGUUGUUAAAACAGCCAUGUCUGGCGUAGCAGGCUUUGGUAUGGGUGCUGCAUUUGGUUUAUUUAUGUCUUCAUUCGAAUACGCAGGACCUACAAUGAAUGAAGAGCUCAUAAAGCAAACAACAAAACAACAAAUUAAGUAUGCAUUUAAAGAUAUGGGAACUCGAUCUUUAUCAAUGGCGAAGAAUUUCGGUUUAGUAGGCAUGAUUUAUUCUGGAACAGAAUGUUGUAUUGAAUCAUAUCGAGCGAAGAACGAUUUAGUAAAUAGUGUUGCAGCAGGAGCAUUUACAGGUGGUGCUUUGGCUGCAAAAGCAGGACCUCAGGCGAUGGCAUUAGGUGCUGGUGGCUUUGCAUUAUUUUCAUUAGCCAUUGACUGGUACAUGCGCAGGGAUUAA